AUGGGAGUUGGAAUAAUUAACCUUUUAAUUUUGUUUGGAUUUUUAUUAAAUUCGACAAAGUUUGUUGGAGCUCUCUAUGGGCGUUCAAAUGUAGCUGUUGACUCCCUGAACUAUGAUCCUAAUCUGCUCUCGUUACUACAGAUGGAGCAAAGCUUGGAUCUCGAAGAUGAUGACGAUUUAGACUAUUUUAAGUCCAGUUUCCUAGAACAUUCGUCUAAACAAAGUUCUGUGCUGCAGAAUGACUGGGACGAGGAAUCAUUUCUGGAAGAGGAGGACUUGGACGCAGAUGCGUGGCAAGAUUCAGAAGAGUCCUUGCUCCAGGAAGAUGAUUCUGAUGCUUUCGAUGACUCAUUCCUCGAAGAUGAAUCUACGCAAGAGUCUUCAGAUAAAAUGGCAUCUGACGAUGACUGGGAUUUGGGAGAAUCAUUACUACAAACCGGAGCUUAUUAUGGCAAAUCCGUAGCAUCUCCUUCCACAUUUGGAAGCUUGAUACAGCUACACAACUACGAAACCGAUCCCAUGAAUUUCCUACAAGAUGAAACGCUGUUGUUAAUGAGUGACGAAGAUCAGGGCGAUAUGGACCUUGGAGAUGAGGGUAAGAAGGGAAAUGUAAAGGCGUUUGUACUCAAAAGCGAUAAUGACGAGGUUGACAAUGAAGUUGGCGAACUUCUCGAUGAGUCAAGAUAUGAAAAGUUGAUGUCAACUCUUUGGGCUUAUAAAGUUUGGCUUGCAGUUGUAGUUGUAUUAUUAGUUAUCGCUUUGGUCGUCAAGUUCUUUUUCUACGACCGUUUCAAGAAGUUCAAAGCCGACGUUUCAAACAGGUUCGAGAACAUGAACAAGGUCUUCGUCGAGAAGUUCAAUGGAGUCUUUAGAAAAAGUCAAACCCAAACUCAAGCUGAAGAAACUCCGCUUCUGAGUGCCUAA